AUGAAAUAUUUUAUGUCAACAUAUUUAUAUACAAUACUAUAUUUUUAUUUCUUGUUUGUAUCAAUUGAAAGUAGACGAAAUCUUCAAAAUUAUAUUGUAUCUCAUGAAUAUUUAUCAGAAGUAAAACAAGAUCAAUUUUCAGUUUAUGACCAAUCAGAAAAAAAUUUACUUUGUCGAAUUGAAUCAUCAUCAUCAGAUUAUUUAUUUAAUCGAUUAAAUAAUCUGAUUGCUUAUCCAUCAUAUCAAAGUAUAGCGUCAAUGGAAAGUCUCUGGACACCAUCACCAUUAAUGUAUCAAGCUUAUAUGAAUAUAUUAGAUGAUCAAUUAAAUCAAUGGGUUAUUGGUAAAAUCUAUCAACGUUAUCAUUCAGGAGCUCUUCAAUUUCGUAUUGAUUACCGGGGAAAAUUUUAUAUUAUGGAAAAUAAGUUUGGUUCUUUAAUAACUGAAAUUCGAGAUGAGAAAAAACCCGAUUAUAUUCUCACUCACUUCUAUCGAGCAUCAUCUAAUGUUAUGUAUCCAUCUUCAAAAUAUAAAAUUCAAGUUUAUAAAAAUGAUUUACCUCAUCCAAUUUAUAUAUUAGCACUUUAUGCUUUAGAUUCUAUAACAUUUAAUAAAAGAAUUAAAUUGAUUCCAUAA